AUGGAGGCAAACGAACAAUUAGUUAGAGAAGAAAAUGAAAAGAAACUGUUACUACAACAAAAUGCCAUCCUAAAGGCUGAGUUACAAAAACUUAAAAUGCAAGGCAUUGAUAAAACGGACCCACCCCCCACAGACCCAUUAUUUCCUCAACCUACCUCAGUAUGCAGAGUAGCCAUAAAACUUCCUCCCUUCUGGCCUGAUCGACCUGCAAUUUGGUUUGCUCAGGUAGAGGCACAGUUCUCGAUUUCAGGCAUCUCCGCUGACCUGACUAAAUUUAACUACGUGAUUGCUCAGUUAGAUACCCGAGUUAUUGGGGAGGUAGAGGACAUUAUUCUCCGACCACCACCUGAGGACAAAUAUGGUCGCCUCAAAUCCGAGUUGAUCCGUAGGUUGUCCGCGUCUGAGGAGCAACGUGUCAGGCAACUUGUCAGUGAUGUUGAGUUGGGUGACCGCCGUCCUUCGCAGUUUUUACGUCAUCUUAGAUCAUUGACAGGAAACACCCUCACUGAUGAAAAUUUGCUUCGCCAGCUAUGGAUGCGUCGCCUCCCACAACAUUUCCAAGCAAUUUUGGCCGCCCAAUCAGAACUCUCGCUGGACAAAGUCGCUGAGCUAGCGGACAACAUUUUGGAAGUUUCGCCUGACACAGGCUCCGACCUCUCCUGUUACCCAUACCAGUGGUUAGCAAAUAAGCCGGUACGUUCAAACUAUACGUUAGCAGCUGCCAAUGGUAGUGAGAUACACACUUUUGGUCACAUAGAAAUGGCGCUUAAUUUGGGGCUACGCCGCACAUUUCAAUGGCGAUUUAUUAUCGCUGACGUCAACACCGCCAUCAUCGGCUCGGAUUUUCUGGCGCACUAUCGGCUGUUGCCAGAUUGUGCCAGUAAGAGACUCGUCGAUAGCAUUACCGGGUUGUCAUGCGUUGCUGCCGGCGCUGUUUUAGACCAGACCAGCGUCAAAGUUGUCUGCGCUCCGUCAUCCCAAUUUAUUGCACUUCUUGCGGAAUUUCCGUCCAUUACGAAGCCACCAGGACUUAUUCGUGAGCCGAAGCAUAACACAGUUCAUUAUAUUCUAACCACUGAGGGCGCCCCAGUCUCUUGUCGUCCUAGACGUCUGGCACCUCAAAAACUUCAAGAGGUCAAAACGGUUUUUGAUGAUAUGGUACAGUGCGGGACAGCCAGACCUUCGAAAAGUUCGUGGUCUUCUCCACUUCAUAUGGUCCCUAAGCGCGACGGGACCUGGCGACCCUGCGGCGAUUAUCGUGCAUUGAAUUCACGUACCAUACCCGACAGGUACCCAGUUCGCCAUAUUGGUGACGUUGGCCAUAACAUAUCUGGGUGUAGUAUAUUUAGUACAAUCGACUUCGUUAAGGCAUAUCAGCAAAUUCCUGUUGCGCCUGAGGAUAUCUGUAAAACCGCCAUCAUAACACCCUUCGGACUCUGCGAAUUUAAUUACAUGACUUUUGGUCUGCGCAACGCAGGCCAAACGUUUCAAAGAUUUAUAGACGAAGUUGUCCAAGGUCUCGAUUUUUGCUUUGCGUACGUUGACGACAUAUUAGUGUAUUCCCGUGAUGCUCUUCAACAUGCUGUACACCUUCGUACUCUUUUCAAGCGUUUUGAAGAUUACGGAAUCGUUAUAAAUCCAGCAAAAUGCGUGUUUGGUGCUCCUGAGGUUACUUUUCUCGGAAACAGAAUAUCCGCCGACGGAACACAACCGCCAUCAGAGCGCAUUCAAGCUCUAAAAGAUUUUCCUCUACCACAGACUAUACAAGGACUCCGUCGUUUCAUUGGGAUGGUUAAUUAUUAUCGCCGAUUUCUGCGCAAUGCGGCCAAGUUACAAGCACCGCUAGUCAACGCGAUCGUAGCCACUGGAGGUAAAGGUCUCACACCGAUCACUUGGACACCUGAGCUCCAAGAAUGCUUUAAUGCCUGUAAAGAUAGCUUGUCAUCUGCAGCUCUGUUGGCACACCCUUUGCCUAACGCUGAACUAGGGCUUUUCACCGACGCUUCCAGUUCUCACGUAGGUGCCUGCCUUCAGCAGAAAGUCGGUGAUGCUUGGCAACCCCUGGGUUUCUUUAGUAAAAAGCUGAAUCCCCGACAGUGCCAGUGGCCAGCAUACUACCGAGAACUUCUUGCGGUAUAUGAGAGUGUGCAACAUUAUCGACACUUCCUAGCCGCACAGCACGUAACGAUUUAUACGGACCAUAAGCCAUUAGUUUACGCGUUCUCGCAACGUCGCGAAAGGCUUCCUCCGGUACAGUUAAAUCAACUGUCUUUUAUUUCACAGUUUACCACGGACAUUGUCCAUAUAAAAGGGGUGGACAAUACGGUGGCGGACGCCAUGUCCCGCAUCGAAGCUGGCGACCACGCCCAUUUGUAUCGGAACCUAUGCGAAAGAAGAUUUUUGCUCAGCUACAUAAUCUUAGCCAUCCUGGUACUAGAUCAACCAUUCGAUUGA